UUCUUGUCGUCAUGUGUCGUGCAUUUUACGUAUGUGAUGACGCAUUUUUAGGGACGGAUGAACUAGGACGUCACGAGUAGAGUAGGUGUAAGUGGUGCGUCGGCGAUUCUAAUUGUACGUUAUGUUUUAUAGUUAUUAAAUUAUAGCCACUCACACACAGAGAAUGGGAAAACACAAUAGAAACCGGUGUGCGGGUUAUGUCGUCGUUUGCUUGUGGUGUUUGUGUUAGCACACUCUACAUAUAUAUAUGUAAGGAUAGAUACGACGACGAAACAGAAUCAGAGAAUCCAUUCCGAUGGAAACAAACGGCUCACACCACGUACCAGUCGUCAGUCGCGUCCGUCACACCACAUCAAUUGUUUUGCAACUCAAUCGAGGGUUCGGUUAAGUUUGAGAAGAUGGUGGUGGUAGGCAUAGCUGCUAAGAUUUACGAGGCAAUGGGAAUUCAAAGCUGGCUACCCAACAUAAUAUCCAAUUCUGAAUCCAUGUCCAAAACCAUACAUGAUCAAACGAUGGAUCGUGGUUAUAUCAAUACGAGCCCCGUUGAAUCUUCUAUCGUCGAUGAAAACUAUAUUUCUUGGUUGAAAGAACACCCAUCUGCUAUAAGCUCCUUCCAGCAGAUAAUAAAUACAUCAAAGGGAAAACAAAUAGCCGUCUUCUUGGAUUACGAUGGCACAUUAUCACCCAUCGUGUGUGAUCCCAAUCGUGCCUUCAUGUCUGAUCAGAUGCGUGCAGCAGUUCGUGAAGUUUCUAAGCACUUUCCGACAGCUAUUAUUAGCGGCAGAUGUCGUGAAAAGGUUUAUAGCUUUGUGAAGCUAAAUGACGUGUACUAUUCAGGGAGUCAUGGGAUGGAUACCAUGGGACCAGCCCCCAAAAACAAGUCCUAUGACCACCACGACAACGUCGACAGAUAUCAUUACAAAACUAUCGACGAAGAGGGGAAUGAAUUUAUCACGUUCCAACCGGCUAAAGACUUUCUCCCUGCAAUUGAAAAGAUGUUGAUUGAGUUGAGGGAGAGAACGAAAAACAUAAAAGGAGUGGUGAUUGAGGAUAAUAGGUUUUGCUUAUCUGUUCAUUAUCGUCAUGUUAAGGAUGAAGAGUAUGAGACUCUAGAAGAGGAAGUCGAGUCAGUGCUUGUUAAUUAUCCCGAUCAAUUCCACAUGACGCGAGGCAAAAAGGUGAUGGAAAUUCGGCCAUCCAUUGAAUGGAACAAAGGUCAUGCUCUUGAGUAUUUACUCCAUAACUUAGGCUUCGAUAAUUCUAGAAACCUCCUCCCUAUAUACAUCGGAGAUGAUAGAACCGAUGAGGAUGCUUUCAAGGUUCUAAGCGAAAGAGGUGAUGGAUUCCCGAUAGUAGUGACAUCGAAACCAAGAGACACAAUGGCUUUUCAUUCACUUCAUGACCCAUCCGAAGUACUAUCUUUUUUGAUCCGGUUAGGUAGAUGGGGUUUUGACAACAAUGCGGACUCCGUCCUAACAUAGCAUUAAUGGCUUAUGUUACCAUUGCACCGCAUGCUUAUUUUGUUGAUGUAGCAUCGCAUGUUACAAUCCCUUUUUCUUAGAUAUAUACAUAUAUAGGAAAUAUGAGAAGACAUAAUCGUGAAGCAUGCAUUUUUAUAGUCGUGCUUCUUGCUUUGAAUUUUUUUCGAUGUUUCAGUUAUACGCAUGUGUGUUUGUGUGUAAGGACCUAUUAAACUAACUCUGACUAUUCUAGACAGUUUUUUUUAGGUUUUAUAUAAAUUGACCACUUCAG